CUACUUAGAAUCAAACAAGUACACAGCCAAUAUUCAUAACUUCGAAUACAACAAUGACACAUGCAUACAAAUAGGAUGAACAUAUUCAGUAGACUGUAACCUUCACAGAGAUGUGUUACAUGGCAUAUGUAGCAUAAAACAUAUUCCAGUUAUGUCAUAGAUACAUUCAUAAGCAUAUUCCCAUAAAGCAUUAUGGGGGCACCGUCACAAGGUGACUCUGCAUAAAUGGCCCCUCCUCACCUAGUCUUUGCUGCUCCCUUGAUUCUGCUCUUUUCUAGCAGUUGGCUGGAGCCUGAACCCCCCAGGCAGAGACUUCAGUGAAAUACAAAGGGGAGGUGCUGGGAUUCCUGUCCCUGUUCCCUGCCCAGAGCUCUGCUUCCCAACUCAGCCUGUGCCUAGUAGGUGGGUGGGAAAUGAGAAGACCCUGCCCUCCUCCGUCUGAUGGGAGGACAAGGAGCUCUCCCCUUCUCUCUGUUCCCUGCAGCCUCCUGGCCACUCUGAACAGGGUGGGGGUGGGAUUCUGCUCCUCUGGCCCUCCCACAGCCAUCCUAUUGUUGUGCUUCUUCCCCCAUGAAUAGUGGGGCUGUGGCUGGGGCAGCAGGCACUGAGUGGGGGCACCUGUUGUUUCAGAUGCUGGUGACCUUCGAGGAGGUGACUGUGUAUUUCACCAGGGCAGAGUGGGCUCUGCUGGACCCCGCUCAGAGAGCCCUCUACAGGGACGUCCUGCAGGAGAACUAUGAGACCGUGACCUCGCUGGGACUCCCCAUUCCCAAACCUGACCUGAUCGCCCGGCUGGAAGCAGGAGAAGAGCUGUGGGUCCCGGAUCUCCAGGCCUUCGAGAAAAGCAACAUCCCAAGAGGCACCUGCACAGCAGGUGAUGAGACAAUGAGUGAGAACGAGGAGGGGAAUCUGCAGGAGGAAGGUGCUGAGCAAGUGGAACUGCAGGAAGACUUUCUGAGAAGAGCAGAUGGGAAUUUUUCCCCGUUCUUGGAACAGAGAAAAGCCUGGAGUAAUCGGGACAGGUCAGAGAGGAAGUUGGGAAACCACCCAAGAAAGCAAGUGCACGAAUCCUUUGAAUGUGGGGGAGGAGGCAAGGAUCCCAAAAAAACCACAACCCCACAGACAAAUCCCAAGGAAAAGAAACCUUAUAAAUGCUUGGACUGUGGAAAAAUCUUCAACUGGAUCUCAAAUCUUACUACCCAUCGGAGACUGCACACGGGAGAGAAACCAUAUAAAUGCCUUGAGUGUGGGAAAAGCUUCAGUCAGUGCUCAGGCCUUAUUAGCCAUGGGAGAACCCACACAGGAGAGGGACCAUAUAAAUGCCUUGAAUGUGGGAAAAGUUUCAGUACAUCAUCAGUCCUUAUUAUACACCAGAGAACCCACACAGGAGAGAAACCAUUUAAAUGCCUGCACUGUGGGAAAAGUUUCAGUCAGCGCUCACAUCUUACUAGCCAUGGGAGAAUCCACACAGGAGAGGGCCCACAUAAAUGCUUGUACUGUGGGAAAAGUUUCAGUGGACCAUCAGCCCUUACUGCACAUCAGAGGAUCCACACUGGAGAGAAACCCUAUAAGUGCUUGGACUGUGGGAAAAGCUUCAGUCAGAGCUCAAGCCUUAUUAGCCAUAGGAGAAUCCAUACGGGAGAGAAACCCUAUAAAUGCCUUGUGUGUGGGAAAAGUUUCAGUGUAUCAUCAGCCCUUAUUGUACACCAGAGAACCCACACGGGAGAGAAACCCUAUAAAUGUUCGGACUGUGGGAAAAGCUUCAGUCUGCACUCAAGACUUAUAAACCAUAGGAGAAUCCACACAGGAGAGAGACCAUAUACAUGCCUGGAUUGUGGGAAAAGUUUCAGUCAGCGCUCACAUCUUAAUAGCCAUGGGAGAAUCCACACAGGAGAGGGCCCACAUAAAUGCUUGUACUGUGGGAAAAGUUUCAGUGGCCCAUCAGCCCUUACUGCACAUCAGAGAACCCACACCGGGGAGAAACCUUAUAAAUGCUUGUACUGUGGGAAAAGUUUCAGUCAACACUCAAGCCUUAUUAGCCAUGGCAAAAUCCACACGGGAGAGGGACCAUAUAAAUGCCUUGAGUGUGGGAAAAGUUGCAAUGCACCAUCAGCCCUUAUUGUACAUCAGAGAACUCACACGGGAGAGAAACCCUAUAAAUGCUUGGACUGUGGGAAAAGUUUCAAUCAGCGCUCACAUCUUACUAGCCAUGGGAGGAUCCACACAGGAGAGGGACCACAUAAAUGCCUUGAGUGUGGGAAAAGUUGCAAUGCCCCAUCAGCACUUAUUGUACAUCAGAGAACCCACACAGGAGAGAAACCCUAUAAAUGUCUUGAGUGUGGGACAAGUUUCAGUGUACCAUCAGCCCUUAUUACACAUCAGAGGACCCACACAGGAGAAAAACCCUAUAAAUGCUUGGACUGUGAUAAAAGCUUCAGUCAGAGCUCAAAUCUUACUGCCCAUCGGAGGCUGCACAUGGGAGAGAAACCCUGUACAUGCUUGGACUGUGGGAAAAGUUUCAGAGAACCAUCAGCCCUUAUUGUACAUCAGAGAACCCACAUAGGAGAGAAACCUUAUAAAUGCCUCCACUGUGAGGAAGGUUUCAGUCAGCGCUCAAACCUUAUUAGACAUCAGACAAGCCACACAAGAGAAAAACCCUAUAAAUGCUUAGAUGAUUGGGAAAGUUUCAGUCCCUGCUCAUAACUUCAUAAAAAUUGAAGAAUUCACACGGGACAGAAUCUAUAAAUGCCUCAACUGUGGAAAAAGUUUCAUUUGAAGAUCAAACCUUGCGUCACAUCAGACGAUCCGCACGAGAGAGAGAACCCUUGGAUGCUUGGAUUGUGGGAAAAGGUUCAAUAACUGCAAGAGGAGAUUCAGUCUGAGCUCACACAUUGUUCCUCAUCGCAUAAUUCACAGAAGAAAGAGCUUGAGUGUGGGGGAAGCUUUAUCUGCUGCUCACACGGUAUCAAACCUCAGUAAAUCCACACAGAGAAGAGCCCUUUUAUGGGUCCUUAGCAUGGAAAACGCUUCUGUUGGAGGUAACACCACACUGGACAUCAGAGCGUCCUCCACACUGGAGGGAAAUUCCCUCAGUGCCCUGACUAGAGCUGGCCAUAGUAAAACCUCCAUUUCCUAGUUCCCACCCGCAUUGGUGGCAUUUGGCUUCCAGGUAUCUGUUAGGGCUUUUCCCGUCACCCUCUCCCCUGGUUCUUGUCUCACAGACAGAGAACAGACCAGAAGUCUGGAGUGCUGACAAGUCAAUGUUUAUUGGGAUUAGUUUCCAAGCAAGCAUAUUUCGCACCCUUCACACCAGUCAGGCUUCUCUCUACGCGCCGAUAGAGUCUGCUCCCCGGUGUUUUGUUCCUGGCUCUGACGCCGCUGUGUCCCAAUUCCCCAGUCCCCUUCCCCCUCCUCCUUCUCAGCAGGCCCAGAUAGACCUGCGGUGCACACCCUAGUCACACCCCUCACAACUUAUGGUCAUGUUCUGUUCUGGAGGGUCGUGAGUUGGGGUCUUCGUGCCACCUCUUUUGUACCCAAGGGAGGGGUGAGGAGUGAGGUUGUGCUCCGGCAGGGGCAGGCAUUUCUUUGGUCUUUUAGUGUUUUACCUCCCCACAUCCCGCCUUCCCCUCCUGACUAGUUGCUUGACCUUGCUUUGAGAGAAAGAGUUGAGGCGGUUGUCAAGUGGGCGCUCACAUAUUACACUCCAGCUAUGCCCAGGAACACUAGUUCCAGCUCUUAGCUCUUUUCAGCCCAUCUGCUUGUGGGCAGAUGUAGCACACGGGGUCAUUGUCCUUUGUUCACCCAUAUUAGUAUAAGAUGCAAGAGUAUCAAAAAGUCAAACCCCAAAUUCUGUCUCAGGCUGACAACCAGGCUUCUGUGCUAACAGUGUCCAGCUGUCUGUCUCUGGGGGCAGGUUCCCGCAGCCACUGACCCGGAGCUGAUCAAGGACCCUCUGGCUUUGCCUGAUCUAAGCUAACCCCAGCAGAGGAGGAGAAGCCCCGAUCAGCCCUCUGACGGGUUGCCCUGCCGAUCUGGGUAUGCCACCUGAUGUACUGGGGUUCCACUGAGCCUGCCCGUUCCACCAGCCAGGGCCCCCCAACCCCGGCCUGCCAAGCCAGGCUCUCCAGCCUGCUCUGUCACACCCACAGGAAGGGCCACGUCCUGCUGCAGAAAGACACGGACGCGGAGAUUAGGUCUGCACGAUGAGACCCAGCUCAGGAAGUGCCCUGCACUCGUGUGCACACCACUGUAGGAGUGCAAACCCCAGGAGUGCACUGUCCUCCCAGCACGGCACUCACCACAGUGUUCUGUGCUCUCCACGUGUAGGAAUCACACUCGGAUUUCUUUGAUCCUGACUCAGACGCCUGAGGGCUACAGAUGAGUGUCCCCGACCUGGAGGGGGAAUUCAAAUGACCCCCAAAGCUCUGGCUCAUCUUUCAGAGCUAAAAUCCCUGCUUUCGUCUAUUGCAGGGGCCGGCUCCCGGUCCUUUGGCUCCCGGUCCGUCAGGGUAAGAGCAGCCAAGGGACAUGCUGGCCGUGCUUCCUGCAGCCCCCAUUGGCCGGGAACGGCGAACCACGGCCACUGGGCGCUGCGGGCGGCUGUGCCUCUGGGCGCUCAGGUAAACCAACCGUCUCGCGGCCCACCAGCGGCUUACCCUGGCAGGCUGGGAGCCAAAGGUUGCCAAUCGCUGAUCUAUUGUUAAAGUGGUUUCUGGGCUUUGUAGAUGUUCAGGUUUGGGCUUUGGAUUUUUUUAUUAUUAUUUUUGCAUUAGGACGAUGUUAAAACUUUUGUAAAUGACACAACCAGAUGAUGAUGAGGUGCUGAGUAUAGCAGGUUUAGCCAGGUCAGAAGAAAAUGAAUACAUUGGUUUUCCUUCUUUGGGGAGUUCUGUGGGAUUUCACUUUAUGAACCUGAAAGUAUUUUGUAGUGCACCUUGUAGUGUUGGUUUCUGUCCCUUCCUGCAGGCCGUUUGGUCAUCUAUUUUGAUAUUAGUUUACUUUGACAGGAUGUAGCAGUUUUAUUAAGGACUUUAUGAGACAAAUGAUCAUUUGCCAGAAGAGUCCUUUUUUGUUUUAUUUUAACUGUUCUUUCCCAUUGUCAUGAGAUUUUCAUGUUUGAACAAUGACAAUUAUCAAUAUCUCUCAGCACGAACACCGAGGGGGCGCGCUAGAUUCACACUCUGAGAGGCCGAGACUGAACAGGGUGUGGAGUUACUGCCAGAUCCCUGCAGAGAAGUGAGAUGCAGACAGGACGGGGUAUGGAGUUACUGCCUGACCUCUGCAGAGAUGUGAGAUGCAGAAAGGACGGGGUAUGGAGUUACUGCCCGAUCCCUGCAGAGAUGUGAGAUGCAGACAGGACGGGGUGUGGAGUUACUGCCUGACCCCUGCAGAGAUGUGAGAUGCAGACAGGAGGGAGAGAGAGUGUGGAACCAGAGCUGGGAACCUGCAGGCUCGUCUCUUGGGUGCCAGACCGCUGAGGCUGAGAACGGUGAACUUGCUGCACCAGUGCCAGAGAGAGACAGGAAUUGCCCUGUGAGUGCUGGGUGAAGCCAUCCCUGAAGUCGGAAGGGCUACAAACGAUGCCCCAAGAGGAAUGAGGAGGGGAGGGGGCAGCGUCUCCCCAUUGCUCAGAGGAUGAGCCUGGGCAGAGACGAGAAGGAAGCUGGGGAAGCCAACAGGCCUGGGCCAGCCUUGAAGCCAGGCUGACCCCACCAUAGAGGCCAGAGGGAGAUGAGGAGCCUGAGAGCCCAGCUGGUCACCCCUCCCCCUCUAACACAGUGUCCUGCGUGGGGACGACAGAGACUCUCUGCCCCACUCCCCCCACACUGCGUCCCUGUAAUCUCUGCUCCUUGGAUUCCUGCCCUCGGCCCCAGCAUCUCUCCUGGGUGCUCUGCACUUUUCUACCAGUUUGUACAUGUUGCUGGUGCACGGGGGCUUUGGGGGCAGCAGUGUGCUGGGCUGGGGAUGGAAAGGCCCAUGCUGAGCUGAGCUGGGCUGGGGGUGGGGACAGGAGUCUGGCUUUCUCCUUUGUUAUAAUAAAGUAGAAUUGAGUUUCUCGCACUGUGUCCUUGUUUUCCAUUAAAUACCCCCCGGCUUCAGAGUGGAGGUGAAGCAGCGCUCACAGGGUACGGAAAUGCAGUGAGGUUAAUACUCCGCCUGUUCCUCACACCACAACUUUCCCCUAAUUCAUUCUGGUCUGGCUACAAAAUAAUUGUGUCUCAGUUGGUACCAUGAUUAUUGUUAUACAGCAGCAGCCAGAGGCUCCCCAGAAGCCCAAGGCCGUACUGUGCUAGGUGCUGUACAUACCCCUCAUGAGAGACAGCCCCUAAGGGAAAGAGCGUCCAGCCUAAAUAUGCAGAACAGCCAGUGUAAUGAUUUUGCAAGUGUCAGUAGCGACCCUGAAAUCUAACCGGCUACGAGUGAUGCCCCAAGGGGAAUGAUGAGGGGAGGGGGCAGCAUCUCCGGAUGGCUGAGAGAACGAGGCUCUGCCGUUGAAGCAGCUGUUCAACUUCUGUUCCGUGUGACAAACUCAGAUUGUUCUUCCCCAGAAUUACAGCCCUUACCCCAGAGCGCAGACACAUUAUCUGAGAACAGUCAAUUCUUACUGGCUUUAGCAAUAAUCACUGCCAAUGGGGCUGUUCAGACCCUGCCCCGGCUGUCAGCCCCUGCCAUGGAGUGAUACCAUUCAAAGCCCCGUGCUGUUCUGAUGAAGGUAUUUUAGGGCUUGUGGGCCCAGAUUAUAUUAAACUGAAUUUUAAAUCCCAUUAGAUUUUCUGUAAGUUUUUCAAAAGUAUCAUUU